GUAUGGGUAGCGAACUGGGCUGUGGGCUAGUGUGUGGCGGGGGUAGUGUUCUCACACUCAGACACACAAGCAAGCACGCGCGUGCGUUACGUUAGCUACGUUACGUUACCAAGCCCCCACAGUGCUGGAGAAGGUGCCGAUCUGCUCGGUUCUCCCGGCUCUUUUUGCUGUGUGGAUAAAUCACGGGGCUCUGCGCGGAUCUUCGCAGCCAGUGGAGCUUUUGUGAGAGGGGGAUACAGCCUUCAGUAGAGAGAGAGAGAGAGCGGGGGAGCGAGGACACCAGAAGGACGGGCUUCCUCCUGUUUCUGCUGCUGCUGGAGAUAUAACCCAGCGCUACACUGAGCGGAGCGGAUGGCGGGGGGACAUUUCUACACACCCACCCAGCCGAGCAGCCCGGAGAGGAAAGAGGGCUAAUCACAGCCAGCCGAGCUCCUCCAGACACUCCAGCUCCUCCGCCCGAGCUCGCUCUCCGUCUGUUUACACCCUGCUGGAAUUAAAACACUGUGGAGGAAUAUUGUAGCAGGAGCUCUGCUCAGCCUCCUGCGGAUCUCCUCUCGUGACCAUGCCUCCUCGUGUGCCUGCAUGCACUGGAUGCAACUGGGUGGCUGCAUGUGCCAGCAGCAGUCUGCACUGAGCUCCACUGAAUACAGCUGCAGUUGGAUUUCUAAAGAAAGAGGCCACAGCUGAGUGAUAAACAUCACCAUCACCACUACCACCACCAACACCUCCACCUCCAACAUGCAUCUUGGAAUAGAUGAGCCCAGGGAAUGUCAGUACAAUCAGAUCUGCACUCACAACUCCUCGCCCAUGGAGACUCCACACAGCAAGAAGAGGAAAGUCAAGAGAAAGUGGCAGAUUUUCCCUGGCCGGAACAAGUUUUACUGCAAUGGACGGAUCAUGAUGGCCAAGCAGACUGGGGUGUUCUACCUCACCAUUGUGCUGAUUCUGGUCACCAGCGGGCUUUUCUUCGCCUUCGACUGCCCAUUCCUGGCCUCGAAUCUGACUCCUGCCAUCCCAGCCAUCGGCGGAGUGCUGUUCCUGUUUGUCAUUGGAAUGCUCCUCCGGGCCAGUUUCAGCGACCCAGGUGUGCUGCCCAGAGCCACUCCAGAGGAAGCAGCUGAUGUGGAGAGACAAAUAGAUGCUGCUAAUGGAGCAGGUGGUCCAGGCUACCGGCCCCCUCCAAGGACUAGAGAGGUGGUCAUCAACGGUCAGACAGUCAAGCUGAAGUAUUGCUUCACCUGCAAAAUCUUCAGACCGCCCCGGGCAUCACACUGCAGCCUGUGUGACAACUGUGUGGAGCGCUUUGACCACCACUGCCCCUGGGUGGGCAACUGCGUGGGAAAACGAAACUAUCGCUUCUUCUACCUGUUCAUCCUCUCCCUCUCCUUCCUUACCAUCUUCAUCUUCGCUUUUGUCAUCACCCACGUCAUCCUGAGAUCCAACCGGACUGGAUUCCUGAGCGCCCUCAAAGACAGCCCAGCCAGUGUUCUGGAGGUUGUGGUGUGUUUUUUCUCUGUCUGGUCCAUCGUGGGUUUGUCGGGUUUUCACACCUACCUGAUCAGCUCCAACCAGACAACUAAUGAAGACAUCAAAGGGUCGUGGUCAACCAAACGAGGAAAAGACAACUACAACCCCUACAGCUAUGGCAAUAUCCUCACCAACUGCUGCGCUGCCCUGUGUGGACCUCUACCACCCAGUUUGAUUGACAGAAGAGGAUUUGUACAGCCAGACACCCCUCAGCCUGCAGCUCAGUCCAACGGCACCAACACAUGUCCAACAACUCAGCUCCAGAGUCAUAUGUGUCACCAAGAUCAGUGCAUUCAGAGCACCAAAUUCGUUUUGCAGGCUGCUGUUACGACGCCCCUGCUGCAUGCUCAGCCUAUUCUGCUGGGUGGAGGUCCUGUCCUACAGCCCAAGCCGUCGGUAGGGGGUCCCUGUUCUGCCCUGGGUCCCGGGCAGCCCUCUCUGCCCUCCUCCAUCCCAGGCCUGAGCUGCGGAGGAGAGGUUUUGGCUCUACACGACUCGGAAAACCACUGUCACCAUCACCUCCACCACCAGCACUUCAUCAGCCCAGAGGAGACGCCCUGCGCUGCCCAUUUGGGUCACCACAUGCCCCUGUAUGACCCAGCCAGCCAGGACUCGCUCCAUGAGGACUCUGUGCGCGGGCUGGUCAAGCUCAGCUCCGUCUGAGGACUGCUGCUAUUGGUCAGCUCGAAUGGACAGAGGAAGGCCCUAAAAGCCACAAGCAGCCUGGUGGGGUUUGGAAGCCAUACUUACUUUUUGGUGCGUGCGAUACACUGGCCCUUACUAUUCACCCAUCAUUGGCCCAAUACUUGAAUUUCAGCCAUUAAUUAUAGCCAAUAGUUUUAACACCUCAAAAUUUCAGUUUACGACCUUCAAAAUCACUAGUCUGACUAAUCCUUUGAAAAUCUUGUACCAUGGUCUGUACAAAAUAACAUGCCACAUGUCAUAAGACCAGGGACUAGUAUCAUGUCCCAUGACCUUUGCCACGUUCACUGCAGGAUGUGUGUAUGUGUGUGUGGCGCUUCUGAUAAUUACAAAGCACUGCACUAGGGGUGGGCGAUAUGGCUCUAAAAUAAUAUCACGAUAUUUCAGGGUAUUUUUGCGAUAACGAUAUACUUGGCGAUAUAGGAAAACUAAAAUAAUCCAUUCAUUUCAGGAAUAUAAUAUAAUAGUAUAACAGAAUAAUCAUAAUGUGGCAAAAUAAAUAAUAUAGCAUAAAAUAAUAUAAUGCAGCAAAUAAUAUUGCAGAAUAUUUAGUGCAUGCAUAUAAACUGCAAACUAAAACAAUUAUACAAUAAAUAAACCUAAAGCUUGACAGUAAAUAAUUGACUACUUUUAAAACAGAACAGUCCUAUUAUCACAAUGUGGAUUUUUAAUAUCAUGAUAUUUCUGUGUUACGAUAUAUUGUAUACGAUAUAAUAUUGCCUACCCCUACACUGCACUGUCCACUGUGGGUGGUAAUGCCUUCUUUGCUGUAUUCCUGGUACCCAUGGUACACUGUGGAUUCAACAAUGACAUGUAAUUUAUCAUUUAUGUGGAGAUGUCUACAAAUAUUUGGACAGUGACCGUUUUUGUUAUCCCUUAAUUCCAAAUCAAUGGUUUUGAUUUGAUUAAGAAGGCAAAAUGCAGUCAGGUUUAAUUUAAGGGAUUUAACAAAAAGUUGUGUUCAAAGGUAAUUGGACAGACUUUCUCAUAGUUUUAUGCUAUCACUCUGAGUCACUGCUUGUUUGUGGGUCUUUCUGCAUCAGUUUUGAUGCUCAGUUGCGAGGAGGUUUGCUAAAAGAAGCUCUGUAGGUCUAAGAAGCUGCACUAAUAUAGAAGUUAUAAUCUGAAGACGUUUGUACAGGGUGAGUCAAUUAUUGCAGGACACUCCUUUAUUACAGAAUGAAAUAUGUCUGCUUUUUUCCAGACAUAGCCAAAAAGAUAGGCCCCCUCAUCCAUUACUUGCUGGGGUAUUCAGAUACGUAACUUUCCCUUUUAUUUAAUUUCACUUUUGUUUCUGAUAUAAGACAGGUGUCCUGUGACUUUUGACUUACCCAGUAUCACUACAGGUAAUAUAAUAACCUCAAUCACAUUAAAGGUGUUAAUUAUUGGUUGUUCUUAUCGGCCAAGAAAUUCCACACGGACACAUCCCUACUUUAAUCCUCGCAGAUCAAACGGCCACACCCGGUGAGCUUUAUCUCUAAAGCAAGGCCCCAACAGGCCAUACAAACCUGUGAGCCCCAAAAUUAGGACCAAAGGUCUUCCAGCUCGUCUGUUGGUAAACGUCCCCAAGUGUACUCGCACUUAUGCCUCAAA